AUGGACUUGGAGGUCAGUGAACCAAUAGACCUUAGUUCUGGAGAUCAUCAGCAUCUGGUUCGGAAGGCAGCAGAUAGUAACGUCCAGAUCAAGUCCGGUCAGUCCUACACAACUUCACCUUCUGAGCCACAAAAAACUCGCGGGAAUCCACAUUCAAAGACGAAAGAGCGAGUGGAUAGCUAUGUGGUACAAAUGUCCGAUGAGACCACCCCAAAUGACAGCAGUAAUUUAGCCAAUCCAUUCUCAGAUUCAUCGGUCCGCAGAGAUAUUAAUGCUGUAUGGGAAAUACAUUCAGCUGUGAGCAAUAGAAACCUAAAAAUCUGUGGCUUCGAUGAACGUCUUUUUUCUUUCAUGAACUAUGCAGUUCAAGGCAAAUGCGACCGGUCCCGAGUGACCACUCUGUCAUCCUUAGACCCUCUUAGGGCCUGGACAACUUACAGGUGGACUAUUUUGGGCCUUCCGCAGAUAAACCCUCAGAUCUCCAGGAAAACACUUGUAACAAUCCGAACGGGAUACUUUCCACAAGCUUUCAUUAUCAAAGUGUUCCUGAUCCUGUCAGCUCAGCUGGUGGUCACUGGGGCAAUUGUCAGCCUGUUUAUUUUCUGUAGAGAAUCAGGCAGCUACUCACCGGGGUUGGGACACGCGGAGACGCAAUCCAGGACUCUGGGGGCCGCGGUCGUUCUCCUCUCCCGUCCCGGAUACCGUUGGCCAGCUGGAGAAGCUCAAAGCCGCUCUAGCAGCCCUCGCCCCGCGACGGUUCUUCAAGGUCUGCUGCUCGGAGCCGUAUCAGUUUUCUAUAACGCCGAGGAAGUGUUAUGGGCAACGGCUGCAACCGCAGUGGUGACGUUAUCGCUCACUCUGUUUGCUCUUCAAACGAAAUGGGAUUUCACCAUGCUCAAUGGAAUGCUGUUUGUUUUACUCUUCGUACUUAUUAUCUAUGGAAUUCUCUUACUCUUCAUACGAUCAUAUUGGUUGCAUCUGUUGUACGCUGGCCUUGGAACUAUAAUCUUCUCACUUUACUUGGUGAUGGAUGUACAGCUCAUGGUGGGAGGGCGCCACCAUCACUCUGAUCUGCACCCUGAAGAGUACAUUUUUGCUGCCCUGAACAUCUACUUGGAUAUCAUCAACCUCUUCCUUUUUAUUUUGCAACUGAUUGGACUGGGACGGUAGUCAUGGGGCCAAGACUG